UGGACGAUGUGUGAGAGAGACAGUGUGACCGAGUCAGUAAAAUGGCAGUUAGAACUUCAUCUCUGGGUGAGGAGCUCUGUUGUUCCGUGUGCUGUGACAUCUUCAAGGACCCUGUAGUCCUGGGGUGCAGCCACAGCUUCUGUAGAGUCUGUCUGCAGCGCUGCUGGAAAGAGAAGAGCUCUCGGGAGUGUCCUAUCUGCAGGAGGAAGUCCUCUAAGGAAAUUCUCCCUGUUAACCUGGUCCUGAAAAACAUUGUGGAAGCCUACGUACAGGAGACGGCUGAGAGUGAAGCUGCAGAGAAGAGUGAAGCUCACUGCAGUCUCCACGGAGAGAUUCUUCAGCUCUUCUGUGAGGAGGACCAGGAGGCUGUCUGUGUGGUGUGUCUGACUACAAAAAUUCACUGCAACCACCAGCUUUCUCCAUUAGAAAAGGCUACAAAAGAUCUGAAGGAAGAACUCAAGACUGCACUGAAUCCUAUUAAAGAAAAGCUGGAGAGAUUCACUGAAGUUAAACAAGAGUGUGAGAAAACAGCUGAACACAUCAGGAGUCAGGCCCAGAACACAGAGAGGCAAAUAAAGGCAGAGUUUGAGAAGCUCCAUCAGUUCCUGAGAGAUGAAGAGGAGGCCAGACUAGUUGCACUGAAGGAGGAAGAGGAGCAGAAGAGUCAGAUGAUGAAGGAGAAGAUAGAUAGCAUCACAAGACACAUCUCCACACUUUCAGACAAAAUCACAGCUAUAGAGAGCAGCAUGGACACUGAAGAUGUCUUUUUCUUAAAGACCUACAAGGAUACCAAGAGAAGAGCCCAGUGCACACUGCAGGAUCCACAGCUGCUUUCAGGGGCGCUGAUAGAUGUGGCCAAACACCUGGGCAAUCUGAGGUUCAGAGUCUGGGAGAAGAUGCUGGGGAUGGUGCAGUACACUCCUGUGACUCUGGACCCCAACACUGCACAGUUCUGUCUCUCUCUGUCUGAUGAUCUGACCAGUGUGAGACACACCAGAAUUAAACAACGGGUUCCUGACAUCCCAGAGAGGUUUAAACCCUGUGGUUGUGUGUUGGGCUCUGAGGGGUUUACCUCAGGAAAACACAGCUGGGAGGUGGCAGUAGGGGACAAUCUUCAGUGGGAUGUAGGAGUGGCUAAAGAGUCCAUCAACAGGAAGGGGGAAAUUACAUGCAGCCCACAGGGAGGUUUCUGGGCUCUUGCUCUGAGGAAUGGUGAUGUGUAUAAAGCAGCAGGAGUCAAACCUCUCACACUGAAGAGGAAACCCCAGAGGAUCAGAGUGCAGCUGGACUAUGACAGGGGGAAGGUGUCCUUCUAUGACCCCAGUGACAUGUCACACAUCUACACAUUCAAAGACAAGUUCACUGAGAGACUCUUUCCAUAUUUCUCUCCUUAUAUACUCACUGUUGGAAGAAACCCCGGGGCCCUGCAGAUCUGCCCAUUUAAAGCAUCCGUGACACUGAUGUCAUCCCAGUGAAUGUGUCUAUACCAAGCAGGCCAUGCCAAUGAACAUGUCUGUAA